AGAUUUGAAGGAGAUGCCUCGCCUUCGAAAUGCCAGGCAUGGAUGCAUAAACUGUCCCAGGUGGAUUUCCACAAAGAUGGAAAACUCCUCAGUUGCUCUAAGAACAACCAGACUUGCUUCAUAGAGACAGCAACAGUGAAAAACAGUGGCCAGUAAAGCUGCAAUGAACAGAAGAUAUAUACCACACCCUGGUUCACAUACACCUCAGAGGCUAUUAUGGUUCAAGUCCAAGAGCUAUUCCUGUGUCCUGUGCUGAGUGCCAUCCCUUCUCCUGAGCCUGGUGAGGACAGUCCAUUGACCCUAAGAUGUCAGAAGAAGCUGCAUCCCCAGAAGUUUACCAGGCAGCUCCUCUUCUCUUUCCAUAAGAAUGGCCACACCUUGCAGAACAGGAGUCUCCACCCAGAGCUCUCCAUCCCAGGAGUCAAGGAGAGAGACUCUGGGCUUUACUGGUAUGAGGUGGCUCUUGAGGAUCACUGGAUCCAGAAACAGGAGCCUGGUGCUCACUCUUCUACCCCAUUUGCUGUCCCAGCCCCUGUGUCUCAUCCUCUGCUCACUCUGUGACAUGGUGCUGGUCCUACUGUGAGGGACAUGGUGGAGCUCCUUUGUGAAGCUCAAAGGGGCUCCCCUCCCAUCCUGUACUCAUUCUAUCUCAAUGGGGAGAUCCUGGGGAACUACUCAGCUCUCUACAGUGGAGCUGCCUCCUUUCUCUUCCUAUUGAAGUCAGAGCAGGACCCUGGGAACUACACCUGUGAGGCUGAGAACAGUGUCUCCGGAGAGCAGAGAGCCCAUGAAACUCUAUGA